AUGCGUUUUAGCAAGAGGCUCGCUCUAGCAAUGCAGGAGGGCAGUUUGCCGUACCUCUCUCAGAAGACUAUAAAGCAUCACUUGGUGGGACUGGAGAAACUAGCCAAGACCUUCGCCCGGCAAAAUGAGCUCUUGGGCACCGAGUCGUUGGCUUCUCUUAUCAUUUUCGUGAACACUGAGCGGGCCAGGUAUGGCAUACCCCAAAGGGACGUUCUAUUGACUUUAGAGGAAAUACGGUUCCAAGAUGGUGAGAUGUUUAGUGUUGUGGAUCGGGACAUUGAGUGCAUCAAGGGAGCGAUAGAGGAGCUGGAACUGUCUCUCAUGCACGAGAUAUCACAGUGGAUAACGAAGGCUAAUCACGGUGGACUGCUCUUGACCGAGCGGCAAGUUGAAUGUGCUCCUCAGAAAAAUGGCCAGAGGUUGGCUCAAGCAUUGGUGUCGUAUCAUGUAAGCUCUCUCGGGACUGAAGCUGCAUGCUCAUGGGUCGAAUCGUAUGUGAGGAGUUACUGCAACUUUCAUGAACACCUCGCUGAGCUGAUGAACUACAUUGACGUCAAUUUGGCUGGCUUCCGGAAGCUCCUCAAACGGCACGACAAGAACAUUCCUAGGCUCUUCCAUGCUAGGAGUACUCCCUUCCUUGGGUGA